AUGGGCGCCAAGGAAAGUGUCGAGGCAGCCGCCAAAAUGAACGCCGAUGGUUGGGGCCAUGUGGAGCGAUCGAGUCGCUACCACAACCACCGGCACAACCAGCGGUCACAGUCGCUGAAUCGCGGACAGGCGCUCUCGCAGGCGGACGUGAGCGGCAUGUGGUGACAUCGGGGUGCCUCUGGUAAAGGAUCUGCGGCAAGCUGCGCCAACUGCGCCAUGGGUAACAAACUGAGCUGCUCCUGUGCCCCGCUGAU